ACCGCAGGGGCGGGUCUGCCGCCACCCGCACCGGCACCGGCACCGGCACCGGCACCGGCACCGCACCGCGCCGCACCGCACCGCACGCGCGGCUCGGCCCCAUGCCGGCGUCCCCCGCGCACGGCUGAGCGCUGCGCCCCGCCGAACCGGGCACGAGCGCGGGCACGGGCACAGGACAGCUGCUGCUCCCUGCUAGCAGGACCCACCUCCAGCUGGUGCAAUGGCGGGAGCAUCUGUGAAGGUGGCGGUGCGCGUCCGGCCCUUCAACUCCCGGGAGAUGAGCCGGGAAUCUAAAUGCAUUAUCCAGAUGUCGGGAAGCACCACCACUAUCCUGAACCCGAAGCAGCCCAAAGAGACACCAAAAAGCUUCAGCUUUGACUAUUCCUACUGGUCCCACACCACGCCCGCAGACAUCAACUAUGCAUCUCAGAAGCAAGUGUACCGUGACAUUGGUGAGGAGAUGUUGCAGCACGCCUUUGAAGGCUAUAACGUCUGCAUCUUCGCCUAUGGGCAGACAGGUGCUGGAAAGUCCUACACCAUGAUGGGGAAGCAGGAGAAAGACCAGCAAGGAAUCAUCCCACAGCUGUGCGAAGACCUCUUCUCCCGCAUCAAUGACACGACAAACGACAACAUGUCCUACUCUGUGGAGGUGAGCUACAUGGAGAUAUACUGUGAGCGCGUGAGGGACCUCCUGAACCCCAAGAACAAGGGGAACCUGCGGGUGAGGGAGCAUCCCCUUAUGGGCCCGUAUGUUGAGGACCUUUCCAAGCUGGCUGUGACCUCUUACAAUGACAUCCAGGACCUCAUGGACUCUGGGAACAAGGCCCGCACGGUGGCUGCCACCAACAUGAAUGAGACCAGCAGCCGCUCCCAUGCUGUGUUCAACAUUAUCUUCACACAGAAGCGGCAUGAUGCUGAGACGGACAUCACCACUGAGAAGGUCAGCAAGAUUAGCUUGGUGGACCUGGCAGGGAGUGAGCGAGCCGACUCCACUGGUGCGAAGGGCACAAGACUAAAGGAAGGUGCAAACAUCAACAAGUCCUUGACCACACUGGGGAAAGUCAUCUCUGCCCUGGCUGAAAUGGAUUCGGGGCCAAACAAGAACAAAAAGAAGAAGAAGACAGAUUUCAUCCCCUACCGGGACUCAGUGCUGACCUGGCUGCUGCGGGAGAACCUGGGGGGAAACUCCAGGACAGCCAUGGUCGCUGCUCUGAGUCCUGCUGACAUCAACUAUGAUGAGACCCUCAGCACCCUCAGGUACGCGGACCGUGCCAAGCAGAUCCGCUGCAACGCCGUCAUUAAUGAGGACCCCAACAACAAGCUGAUCCGGGAGCUGAAAGACGAGGUGGCACGCCUGCGUGACCUUCUCUAUGCCCAGGGCCUCGGGGACAUCAUUGACACCCAUCCUGCUGCAGGAGGAUCCAAAUAUGUGUCCGACUUUGAGAACAAUAAUGAUGCUAGAAGGGCUGAGCUGAGUCACCGCCAUGACAAUCUCUCCACAGUGACCAAUGCCAUCGCCGGGAUCAGCCCCUCUUCCUCCUUGUCAGCCUUGUCCAGCCGUGCUGCCUCUGUCGCCAGCCUCCACGAGCGCAUCAUGUUUGCUCCAGGCAGUGAAGAGGCAAUCGAAAGGCUCAAGGAAACUGAGAAGAUCAUUGCAGAGCUGAAUGAGACAUGGGAGGAGAAGCUGCGAAGAACAGAAGCAAUCCGGAUGGAGAGGGAAGCGUUGCUGGCUGAAAUGGGGGUGGCCAUGAGAGAGGACGGAGGCACCUUGGGUGUUUUCUCUCCUAAAAAGACGCCACACUUGGUCAACCUGAAUGAGGACCCGCUCAUGUCCGAGUGUCUUCUCUACUACAUUAAGGAUGGGAUAACAAGGGUUGGCCGGGAAGAUGCAGAGAAGAGACAGGACAUCGUUCUCAGUGGGCACUUCAUUAAGGAAGAGCACUGCCUUUUCCGCAGCGACACCAAAACCGGCGGUGAAGUGAUAGUGACCCUGGAGCCCUGUGAAGGCGCUGACACCUAUGUGAAUGGCAAAAAGGUGACAGAGCCCAGCAUCCUGCGUUCAGGAAAUCGCAUCAUCAUGGGGAAGAGCCACGUCUUCCGCUUUAACCACCCCGAGCAGGCUCGGCAGGAGCGGGAGCGGACCCCAUGCGCCGAGACACCCGCUGAGCCUGUGGACUGGGCUUUUGCUCAAAGAGAGCUGCUGGAGAAGCAGGGCAUCGACAUGAAGCAGGAGAUGGAGCAGCGGCUCCAGGAACUGGAGGACCAGUACCGGAGGGAGCGGGAGGAGGCGAAUUACCUUCUUGAGCAGCAGAGGCUGGACUAUGAGAGCAAGUUGGAGGCUUUGCAGAAGCAGAUGGACUCUCGGUAUUACCCUGAGGCAAAUGAGGAAGAGGAAGAACCUGAAGAUGAAGUGCAGUGGACGGAGCGGGAGUUUGAGCUGGCCCUCUGGGCCUUUAGGAAGUGGAAGUGGUACCAGUUCACCUCCCUCCGUGACCUGCUCUGGGGCAAUGCCAUCUUCCUCAAGGAAGCCAACGCCAUCAGUGUGGAGCUGAAGAAAAAGGUCCAGUUCCAGUUCGUGCUCCUCACAGACACACUGUACUCGCCUCUCCCCCCUGACCUCCUGCCUCCUGAUGCCGCCAAGGACCGGGAAAAGCGGCCGUUCCCUCGGACCAUCGUGGCCGUAGAGGUGCAGGACCAGAAGAAUGGGGCGACACAUUAUUGGACCCUGGAGAAGCUGAGGCAACGCCUGGACUUAAUGCGUGAAAUGUAUGACCGUGCAGCAGAAGUGCCUUCUAGUGUCAUCGAGGACUGCGACAAUGUGGUGACCGGUGGAGAUCCUUUCUAUGACCGCUUCCCCUGGUUCAGGCUGGUUGGCAGUUCAGAUAUCUCUGGCUGCAACAGCUCUCCUCUUUUCAACACAUGCAUGAGCGAGCGCAUGGCUGAUCUCACCCCCUCCCCUACCUUCUCGAACCCCGACUCCGACAUCACCGAGCCUGCUGACGAGCAGCACCAGGGGCAGGAGGAGGAGGAGGAGGAGGAGGAGGAGGAGGCGGAGGACCUGGAGGAAGACAUCUUUCCGGAGUGCCCACUGUGUGAUGGCCGGGAUCCGUUUUACGACCGCUCCCCCCUGUUCAGUUUAGUAGGAAGGGCCUUUGUCUACCUGAGCAACCUCCUCUAUCCUGUGCCCCUGGUGCAUCGCGUGGCCAUCGUCAGCGAGAAGGGCGAGGUGAAGGGCUUCCUGCGUGUGGCCGUCCAGGCCAUCUCAGCGGAUGAGGAAGCCCCUGACUACGGCUCCGGUGUGCGGCAGUCGGGGACGGCCAAGAUCUCUUUUGAUGACCAGCACUUUGAGAAGUUCCAGUCAGAGUCUUGCCCAGCGGUGGGGAUGUCUCGCUCGGGGACCUCCCAGGAGGAACUGCGCAUUGUCGAAGGCCAGGGACAGGUCAGCGACAUGGGUCCCUCUGCUGACGAAGUCAACAACAACACCUGUGCAGUGACCCCAGAGGACCUUCUCCUGGACAGUCCAGAGAAGCCUGUGCCGGAUGGGCCAUUGGAGACAGCUCUGGACCACCUGAAACUGGGCAGCAUCUUUACUUUCCGUGUGACAGUCCUGCAAGCCUCCAGCAUCUCUGCAGAAUAUGCAGACAUCUUCUGCCAGUUCAACUUCAUCCAUCGCCAUGACGAGGCCUUUUCAACAGAACCCUUGAAGAACACGGGACGGGGGCCACCACUGGGUUUCUAUCACGUCCAAAAUAUCGCUGUGGAGGUGACCAAGUCCUUCAUUGAAUACAUCAAGAGUCAGCCGAUUGUAUUUGAAGUCUUUGGGCACUACCAGCAGCACCCGUUCCCACCCCUCUGCAAGGACGUCCUGAGCCCACUGAGGCCGUCCCGGCGCCACUUCCCCCGUGUGAUGCCGCUCUCUAAACCAGUGCCUGCGACAAAGCUGAGCACCAUGACUCGGCCCAGCGCUGGUCCGUGCCAGUGCAAGUAUGACCUGAUGGUCUUCUUUGAGAUCUGUGAGCUGGAGGCCAACGGCGACUACAUUCCUGCUGUUGUGGACCACCGUGGAGGCAUGCCAUGCCAUGGGACCUUCCUUCUCCACCAGGGCAUCCAGAGGAGAAUCACCGUCACCUUGGUGCAUGAAACGGGCAGCCUCAUCCGCUGGAAGGAAGUGCGUGAGCUGGUUGUGGGUCGGAUCCGCAACACCCCAGAAGCAGAUGAGUCUCUCAUUGACCCCAACAUUUUGUCUCUGAACAUCCUCUCCUCUGGGUACAUCCACCCCUCCCAGGAUGACCGGCAGUUUCUUGAUUCGGAUAUGCCUAGCAUUUCGUUCGGAAAUGACACUAGGAGCUUCUACCAGUUUGAGACAGCGUGGGAUAGCUCCAUGCACAACUCGCUGCUGCUCAACCGUGUCACCCCGUACCGGGAGAAAAUCUACAUCACUCUUUCUGCCUACAUUGAGAUGGAGAACUGCACUCAGCCUGCCGUCAUCACCAAAGACUUCUGCAUGGUUUUCUACUCCCGGGAUGCCAAGCUUCCUGCCUCCCGCUCCAUCCGCAACCUUUUUGGCAGUGGCAGCCUGCGGGCUUCUGAGAGCAACCGUGUGACGGGAGUCUAUGAGCUCAGCCUCUGCUGUGUGGCUGACGCUGGCAGCCCAGGUAUGCAGAGACGGCGCCGGCGUGUGCUGGACACCUCUGUAGCCUAUGUGCGGGGAGAGGAGAACCUGGCUGGCUGGCGGCCCCGCAGCGACAGCCUCAUCCUUGACCAUCAGUGGGAGCUGGAGAAACUCAGCCUCCUGCAAGAAGUGGAGAAGACAAGGCACUACCUGCUCCUGCGUGAGAAGCUGGAGACGACCCAGCGCCUGGGCCUGGAGACCCUGUCCCCCUGCUCCAGUGAGGACUCCGAGUCCCGAAGCACCUCCUGCGUCUCUACCCCGCUUUCUGUUGACGGGGCCCCUGAGGGCCGCACCUCUCCCGCUGAGACCCCCAGCGAGAGACAGAAGGAGCUGGCCGUGAAGUGCUUACGCCUGCUCACACACACCUUCAACAGGGAGUACAGCCACAGCCACGUCUGCAUUAGCGCCAGUGAGAGCAAGCUGUCCGAAAUGUCUGUGACCCUGAUGAGAGACCCCUCCAUGCCAGCCCUUGGGGUCACCACUCUCACCCCCUCCUCAACCUGCCCGUCACUGGUGGAAGGACACUACAACGCCAUGGAGGUCAGACCCCCCCAGGUCUCUUCCAGGGCAGAGAGCCCUGACCUUGAGCCUGCAGUAGAAGGAGAGCAGAAGAAGUCCCCAGCCCGCCGGCCUGAGGAGGAGAAGGAGCCCCAGCGUUUGCUGGUGCCUGACAUCCAAGAGAUUCGGGUCAGCCCCAUCGUCUCCAAAAAGGGCUACUUGCACUUCCUGGAGCCCCACACCAAUGGGUGGGUGAAGCGCUUUGUGGUGGUCCGACGCCCGUAUGUCUACAUCUACAACUCGGACAAGGAUGCAGUUGAGAGGGCCAUACUAAAUCUCUCCAAGGCCCAGGUGGAGUACAGCGAGGACCAGCAGGCCAUGCUCAAGACCCCGAACACGUUCGCAGUGUGCACAGAGCACCGGGGCAUCCUGCUGCAGGCAAGCAGUGACAAGGACAUGCACGACUGGCUCUACGCCUUCAACCCCCUCCUGGCUGGGUCCAUAAGAUCAAAGCUGUCCAGAAGGAGAACAGCCCAGAUGAGAAUCUAACCUGAAAAACACCCUCCACCUCAUCCGUCUGCCAACAGGAUCAAGAUAGCUGAUUCUGUCUCAAGACUCCCCAUGUUAAUGUCUGAUCUCUCACACCAUCUCCUGCCCUAGCUGUCUGCUCCAUGGAAGGAUCUGUCUCGAUUCACACCUUCAUGGGGGAAACUCACUUCUGUUUGUAGCUGCAAAAGCCUGGACCUGCCUGGGCAGGAUUUCUUGUGUGCGUGCCAUGUACUGCCUGUUGCCCCGUAGGAGACCUUCAUGUCACACCAUCUGUAAUGCUCCAGAAAGGUCCCUGGCAGAGGGGAGGGAGCAAGGAGGGCGGUUCUGGCUAAAAGGCUGGUCUUCGAUCUACAGAGGUGGGAGCGCAGUAAAGUUUGGAGGUGGGAGAGCAGGAGGAAUUGCCUCCACCCGAAGGGAAAGGGUAGUUUAGGUAAGGGAAUUUCCUAGUUUAUUGAUGUUUCUGCAAGAGAUGGCAGUGUAAGAUCAGGUGUCAGUAGUUUAAGAUGCUAUUUAUAAAGUAUUUAUUUACGUCACAAAAAUCCCAUAAGUUGGGUCCUGGCCCCUGGGCAAUGCCUCCCCUGGGCAAGGGAGAGCCUUGGAGGUGGGCCGGGGUCCCGGAGAUGCCUUCCCCAGGACAUCCCUGGCAUGUGCCCAGCAGCAGCAGAGUGCCUGCCCUCACUCCCUGCUUUUCCCCAACCUUGUGCUUUGCCCCCCUUGCAGCUUAAACUACUUCUCCCCUGAGUGGUGGCUGGACAGCCCACCAUGUCUUCCCAAAGGAGGCAAUUCCUACCUGCCCCAUCUACCUCUGGAAGGUGGGAGCCUGCUGUCUCAGCUGGCCAGGGCACCCAUGUCCACAUGGAUGGGUCACCUCACUUUGGAGCCUGGUCCUGCUGGAGGGAGAGGGAGUGGCAGGGGGGCAUGGUUCUGCCUGUCAUGUCGUGUGGGGCCCUCCUUCGCCACCUCCACUAAUCCCAGCCUGGGAGCGUAGUCGGGGGGUGGGGGUGGGGUGGGGGGUAGGAGGUAUUCCCUCCCUCUUAGGGCAGGACACCAAAGGUCCCAUCCCUGCGGGGCAUGUGGAGGUUCAGGUGGCUGCUUCUGAAGAUGGAUGGGAAAGUUCCCCAGCAGCGAGGGCUAGGAAUGACCAUCCCAAUCCACAGGAUCCUUGCUCUUUCCCAAAAGGGCUGUCACAUCCCUUCCCCCAGCAGGACAACAGGCUUGAAGCAGGUUGGAGGGGCAGGGGGAGGCUGGCAUGAGGUGUCAGGGUGGGGACAGGGCUUCUUUUUACUACUGUAGCUGGUGUUCUCUCACUCCUUUUCCCCUGCUGCAGAUGCAGGCACCCACUUCAUUCCCACCCUGCCUCUGUCAGCACGUUAAUCCAGGGGGCUUCCCACAGUGGAGGUGGCUUCACUGAAAAGACCUUCUCCUCCAGCCAUCACCACUUCCCACCUUCCCCAGCAGCAGCAGUCCCUCUCCUCCUUCUCUUGUCUGUCACCUGUCAGGGGAUGCUUUGGUUUGGGGCUUCCUGAGUGGCCAGCGGCAUCUGGCACAGCUCCGGGCAGGAAGGCAAGCAUCUUCCUCUGUGCAUCUCCUGGGCAUCCCCAGCUUUGCUGUCACACCUUCACAGCUGACUUUCCCUUGCACAGCACGGCUGCGCCUUGGCUCUGCUGCACCCCCCUAUGCAGUCUGUUGGGGGGGGUGCGUGUGUGUGUAUGUGUGUGCGCGUGCGUGUGUGUGUUGGACAUGGUACUGUCUUCUCGUUACGCUCAUGUUGUGGGGGCAUGGACAGGCAGGCAGAGGCUUGCAGGGACCCCCUCACUGCACAUCAAGCAUCAUUCAGUUUGGGUUUCAGGUUGUGGAAAAGGUUUUGGGAUCCAUCCUGAGCCCCUGCUGGUUUUGCCUAGCCUCACCGCAGCUCCCUGGGUGUCUCACCCCACUGCUCCAGCCUGAAGCUGCAGGAAGCUGCCCUGCUCCCCAGGCAGGUGGCAGCGAGCCUGCCCGGGACAAGCUUCCCCAUCAGUCUGGAUUAUUUUCCCCGCAGUGAUCCAUUCCAGAGACCUGCAGGCCCACUCGUGCCCUUCAGGGAGGGAGAGGCACCCUGGGCGCGCGGAGGGGCAGAGCAGCAGCCGGGACGAAGUGGGGGCCUGGGCUGUGACCUUCCAGCUCCCACAGCCUGUGCAAGGGCUAGUUGGUACCAUCCUGAAUUUCAGUGUAGGGAGCCAGGGGUGGGAACACCGGGUGUCCCAGGGGAGAGGAGAGGCUUUUCCAGGGUGGAGGCGGUUUCUGGUGGAGACAGGACCUGUGUCUGCCAGGGACCAGACACUGGUUCAGUGGCCACGGGCAAGGGGUGGCCCUCAGCUGCAGCCGAAGCGUGCCUGAGGCCAGCAAACCUGCAGAGCAGACGGCUCCGCUGGGGGCCACCGCACCCGCGGCCAAGGGAGAGGCGGCUGCUCCCCGGAACCCCCAGCAUCCCUGCGGGGCAGCCCCGGGGACAGCUGCCCUUGCCGUCCUGCUGGCUCUGCUCAGGCCCCCGCCUACCCGCCCCUCACCCACCGCAGCCCCUGGGGCGAGGGGCACAAAACCCGAAGUUUAGGCGUGACUGAGCCCCAUCAGGCAGGGAGUUCCACGGGGGCGCUGGGGCCCUGCGCAGGGGGGGCUGCCUUCCACACCCUCCAGCUCCUGCCAGCCGUGGCAACGCGCGGGCCCUGCCUGUCCUGCGCCCGGCCGGCCGUGCACACGUGAGGCUUGUUCGGUUCUGAAAUAAAUGUGGCAUUUAACGCAAA